AUGGUCUACCGAUGCUGCGGAGUGCUGUCUGACUUCCGUUGUGGUUGUCCCCCGCUCGUGGCCAACCUCAAUUUGCGCUGGGAUGCAGCCACGCUAAGCGAAACCAUCCACAAAGUCGGCCCACGAAAUUUCCAACCUCUUCAGUCCUCCUCUGCAGCCAACGUCGACAACUCGGUCUUUCAAAUCGCGGCAACAGUCAAGAUGCCUUUCCACAAGCUCGUCAAGAACAGCGCGUACUACAGUCGCUACCAGACUAAGUACCGCCGCCGCAGAGAGGGCAAGACCGACUACUAUGCCCGUAAGCGCCUGAUCACCCAGGCCAAGAACAAGUACAACGCUCCCAAGUACCGUCUCGUUGUGCGCUUCACCAACCGCGACAUCAUCACCCAGAUCGUCUACUCUGAGAUCACCGGUGAUAAGGUGUUCGCCAGCGCCUACUCCCACGAGCUCAAGCGCUAUGGUAUCACCCAGGGUCUGACCAACUGGGCUGCCGCCUAUGCCACCGGUCUGCUCCUUGCCCGCCGUACCCUCAAGAAGCUCGGCCUUGACGAGCAGUUCACCGGUGUUGAGGAGGCCGAUGGUGAGUACAAGCUCACCGAGGCCGUCGAGACCGACGAUGGCACCCGCCGCCCCUUCAAGGCCUUCCUCGACGUUGGUCUUGUCCGUACCUCCACUGGUGCCCGUGUCUUCGGUGCCAUGAAGGGUGCUUCCGACGGUGGUAUCUUCAUCCCCCACUCUGAGAACCGCUUCCCCGGUUUCGACAUCGAGUCCGAGGAGCUCGACGCUGAGACCCUCCGCAACUACAUCUUCGGUGGCCACGUCUCUGAGUACAUGGAGACCCUCGCCGACGACGAUGAGGAGCGCUACCGCAGCCAGUUCGCCAAGUACAUCGAGAACGAGAUCGAUGCCGGUGACCUCGAGGACAUCUAUGCUGAGGCUCACAAGGCCAUCCGUGAGGAUCCCUUCAAGAAGGACGAGGACGAGGAGCCCAAGAAGUCCAAGGAGGAGUGGAAGGCCGAGAGCAAGAAGUACAGAAAGACCAAGCUGUCCCACGAGGAGAGGAAGGCUCGCGUUGAGCAGAAGAUCCGUGAGCUUGCUGCUUAA